CGCCGGAUCCUGGUACCUGAAUUAUCAGUAAUCGGUGGAAACUUAUCGAAGCAUUACAUAAGUUUAGCUCCUGAUUUCUGUGCCGAAAUUGUCAGCUGACAACGAAAUCACGACCGGUCGAAACCAAACAACUCAAGAACCAAAAAGUGUAACUAAAAAAAUCCAAAUCAGUCAAAAUGAAUAAAAUUGUGUCCCUAUUUGUGGUGCUUUGUGGAAUCAGCUUAGGAUACUCAAUCCCAAUUCAAAAUGCCCUCAUGUAUUACCGUCAUGCAAUGCCCUACAUGGUCCCACAUCAAGCUAUGUACGGAUUUCACUAUCAGAACCAGCAGCUGAGGAAUCAACAUCGUUCAGCAGGAGUAUCCGCCUUUGCAGCAGGAAACACUAUAGCAGCUGGAACCUACCUGAAAGAUUGCAAAACUACAGAUAUCGAAAGUGCCGAGCAGCCCGUUCAGAAUGACCCGAACGUGCAGUCAACUGCUGAAGCCUACCCAGAGGAGCAGUUCCAUGUGGAGGAUGAACCACAGUACGAAACCCCGAUUGUAAAUGAUCAGGAAGCCAUCGAACCAAUUGCUGAUGAACCAGCGGCUAUCCCUGCGGCCGUUCCUGCUGUACCUGCUGUAAUCCCAGAUAAGAGGAAGAAGGUUCAAUUGGACUCAGACGAAGACGAAACUGCAGUCUAUCCUAGCCGUCGUGGUGCCAGCCGCCCAGCCGAACCUAGCAGUUACUUCCCGAUCAAUUUCGGUGGUACCAGCGGAGGCGCCAUUGCCAUUGCCAACUCGUACAGCACGGGAAAGGGAGGAUCGGCCACUAGCACCGCCACUGCCUAUGGAAGCCCCACGUCAUCUGAGCUGAGACGAGCCACCCAGCCUGCCCAGCUGAAGAAGAAACCUGCCAAACUGCGUGCCCGGAAAUACUGAUCAUACUCAGGAGCAGGUAGAGUGCCUAAAGUUUUCAGGUGCAAUCAUUUCCGUCAUAGGUUUACGAAAUUAAAAGUGCAAAACGUCGACUAGCCAUAGGAUUCCGCAAUGCGCAGCAAAUAAUUAGUAUUUAUUGUAAUUCAAACCAUUUCCGCUGAUCGAAGAACAUGCUCAAAUACAAAAGACUUCGAAGUGUAA